ACUUCCGUAUCUGCAAAUCGCAGUGCAGGUACUAUGUUAUGACCUGGUGUUCAUAAACCCUGGAUUUUCCUUUUGACUCUUCUCCCUUCCCCUUCUGCUUCCCUCACUCACUCACUCUCUUCUCUCUUCUCUCUUCAUUAAUAUCAUUACAUAGCCCCUCAAACCCUAGCUCUCUCUCUCUCUCUCUCUCUCUCCAUAGAUAUAUUUUCCUCUUGUUGGGUUGGAGGAGUCGUGAAUCAUAUGGAAGACAAGGCGAGCAUGGAACUCCCGCCGUCCGAGCAUCUGUGCUAUGUCCGGUGCAACUUCUGCAACACCGUUCUUGCUGUGGGGAUUCCAUGCAAGAGGAUAUUGGACACAGUGACGGUGAAAUGUGGGCAUUGCAGUAAUCUCUCGUUCCUCAGCACCAGGCCUCCCCUUCAAGGCCAGUGUCUUGAUCAUCCUUUGAGCCUUCAGGGGUUUUCCAGUGAUUUUAGGAAAGGCCAGUCAUCAUCCUCCUCGUCCUCAACUUCGGGCGAUCAGCCAUUAUCACCCAAAGCCGCCCCCUUUGUCGUGAAACCUCCGGAGAAGAAGCACAGGCUUCCAUCUGCUUAUAACCGGUUCAUGAAAGAGGAGAUACAGCGCAUCAAAGCAGCGAAUCCUGAGAUACCACACAGAGAAGCAUUCAGUGCAGCAGCCAAAAACUGGGCGAGGUACCUUCCACAUUCGCCUUCGGGAUCGGCUUCUGGCAGCAGUAACCAUGAAUGAAGAGAAUUGCAGUCACAAACGGCAUGACAGAGGAUAUUUGGAGAGCACGAGGGCAUAUCGGAUGUUCCGGUAUGCUGAUGCUGUGUAUCAACAUAAGAGGAGCCGUUGUACUUUCCUUCUUCUGCGUCCUUUUUAUUUUGCUAAAUAAUGAGCUACUAGAUCGAGCUAUUUUAGAGUUAUCUAAUGUUGUGAUAUUAAUUAAGUUUCUAUGCGUAUGUGAAGCUUUAUGUUUUAUCAGUCAA